AUGGAUAUUGGAAGUAGUCCUAGUGAUCGAAAUGAGAAUCUUACCUUCAAUUCCAAUGAUCCCCCUCCUAGUGGUAAUGACUCAACAUGUGAGGCCCUAUCUGUGUGUGGAAAAACUGACCCUGCUUGGGCACAUGUUGCCUUAAGAAAAGAGGGCAAGAAAAAUAUAUAUACUUGUCUUUAUUGUGCAUCAAGUUAUGGAGGAGGUGGGAUUAACAGAAUGAAGCAACAUCUUGCUGGUGUGAGUGGUCAAGUAGCUUCUUGUAAGAAAGUUCCUUAUGAUAUACGUCAUAGGAUGGUUGAGUCUUUGAAAGGUGGGAGAAAAAGGAAGGUUGAUGAUAGAAAAGAACAAGAACAAGAACAAGUAGACAUUGGGGACCUCAAAACUAAUGAUCUAAUUGCCCCUACUCUAAUUAAGACAGCCCCUGAGAGAAGUGCCAAUAAGAGGCAAGCUUCUACUGCUUCAGUUGAGAAUUAUUUUGCCCCCAGGAUAACUCCUGGUUCCCAACCUAGCAUCAAGAGUGUGCUUGCAACAAAAGAAGCACAGUAUAAUGCAAAAAUGAUUAUUGCUGAAUGGGCUAUUGUCAAUUGUAUUCCAUUUAAUGCAUUAGAUUGUCCUUUAUUUCAAAAAGUCAUAGAUGCUAUUGCUUCAAUUGGGCUGAGGUUCAAAGCCCCUAAUGCUUAUGAAUUUAGAAUCAAUUUGUUGACAGAUUGGAAAAAGGAAUGUCAAUUACUUAUUGAGAGUCAUCAAGCUAAAUGGAAAAACACUAGAUGUACACUCAUGGCUGAUGGUUGGACAGAUGUGAGGCAGCGAACUUUGAUUAAUUUCUUAGUCUAUUCUACAAAUGGAAUGGUUUUUGUGAAAUCUAUUGAUGCUUCAGAUUUCGUAAAAGAUGCUAGGACUUUGUUCUUGUUGUUAUGUGAAGUGAUUGAGUGGGUUGGUCCCAAGAACAUUGUUCACAUAGUGACUGAUAAUGCUGCAAAUUAUGUAACAUGUGGCAAGUUGAUUGAGGAAAAAUAUAAAAAUAUUUAUUGGUCACCUUGUGCUGCUUAUUAUUUGAACCUUACUUUAAAAGAUAUAGCAAGCUUAGAUAAUGUGUCAGCACUUGCAACUAAGGCAUCAAAGAUAACUGUUUUUGUUUAUAAUCAUAUGAUCUUCUUGUCAUGGCUUAGGAAAAGACGGGGUUGGAAAGAAAUUGUGUGUCCUGGUGCAACAAGAUUUGCCUCUACAUUUAUCACGUUGCAUAGCAUAUAUAUGCAUAAGCAUAACUUGCAAGCUUUGGUGAUUGAUAAGUACUUUGUAGAUCAUAAAUUGUCAAAGACUCAAGCUGAAAUAAUUGUUACUGCCAUCAUAUUAGAUAAUGGCUUUUGGGGUGAUUGCUUAGAAAUUAUGAAAGUUGUGUCUCCUCUUAUAAAGUUGUUGAGAAUUGUGGAUUCAGAUGAGAAGCCUUCUUUGCCUUAUGUUUAUGAAGGCAUGCAAAGGGCAAAAAAAGCAAUCAAGGCAACAUUUAACAAUAACAAAAAUUAUUACAAGCCUUACACAAACAUUAUUCAAGCUCAUUGGGAUAAGCACUUUAAGACAAAUCUUCAUGCAGCGGCGUAUUUGUUGAAUCCUGCAUUCUUGUAUGAUGAAAACUUUGUUCACAAAAGAAGGUUAAUGGAUGCAAUGUUUGACGUGUUUAAGUCCAAUGAAAAUGAAUGGUGGUCAUUCUAUGGAGAUUUUGUUCCAGAAUUGCAAACUCUUGCAAUGCGCAUUCUUAACCAAACUUCUUCUUCUGGCUGUGAAAGAAAUUGGAAAGAGGAAGAGCCAGCUCCUGAGUUUGAUUCUCAAAAUGUUGCAAAUCUUGAAAGUACUAUUCACAAUGAAACCAUAACUGCUCCAUCAACCCUUGAGAGAGAUUAUGAAGAGUCCCCACCUUUGCCUGAUGUUGCUAGUAAUUCUAGUUUUUCUCAUUCAACUCCUGAUGUCUCAAUGCCCGAAAAUUUGAAUGAAGUUAAUGAUGAUUUUGGUCUCCGCUGCAUUUUGAGAAAAUUUUGGAGUUUACUGAUAAAUGUGAAUGGUUUAAAUUUAAUGUUAAACCAUCUUUCCGAGUUUAGAGUUCCGACUCUCAGCAGAAAACUCAAUUCCGAUCCCUCUGUUGAAGCAUCUGCAAAGUGA